AUGGCGCACGACACGCCACCAGUUUACGUUCCCAAUACUCGACAAUUGCAAAAAACUUUAAGCCUAAGGAAGAUCGAGAAAUUACGUCUCUGUGUCGAGAUUACGGAGAAGGAUGAUGGUGAAAUCAGUCGGGAAGACGGAGCAGAGAAGAAUUACGAAGAGGUUUACGAUGGUUUAAGUUUGGAGGAGGAACACGACGACAAUGAGAAUAACUUCUCUAGUAUCUUGGACGGAUCAAACCAGAAAGAUGUUGGAGAAGAUGAAGAAAACGAAGAAGACGAUGAAUUUGAAAGCCGAUUUGAUAUGUUCGACGACUCAGAUGAUGCAUCAUCCGAAGAUGAUAACUUCAGCUCAUACGGUGAGUCUCCAGCACAAGACGAAGAUUCACCGACACCACCGCCUAAAAGUAGAUCUAAGAACUUGUGGAUGGGCGGAUGCAAAGAGGAUCCCGAGGUUCUACGGUUAGAGAUGUCUUCGCUAAACCUUGCUGUAGGUCAACGAUAUGAGAGUAAAGCAGAGUUAGAAAGACGACUGAAACUUCUUUCAGUGAAAGAUGAAUUUGAUUUUGAUGUGGAAGUAUCCAAUCCAGAUUUACUCAUUGUUAAAUAUUGGGUUGCUGGAUGUAUCUGGAGAGUUUGUGCUUCAACACAAGGGGAUUCUCCGGCAUUCUAUGUUCGUAUUUACGAGUCGUUACAUACAUGUUCUGUAACUGAGCGUUCUAAUCGAAGUCGACAAGCAACACCAGAUAUUUUAGGGCAAUUGUACAAGGACUAUCUCGGCGAUGUUGGUCCAGCCAUUCGACCUACGAGUGUCGGAAUAGCUCUCAAUAAGCAGUUUGGUCUCAAGACGCUGAAAUUUGGAAGGGAAAUCGAUGAGAGAACACCUGAGAGUGGGUUUGAAAACUUGCCUUCUUACUUAUACAUGAUAAGAAGUGCAAAUCCGGAUACAGUAACGCGUCUUCAAAUCAAUGAGUUUGGAAGAUUCAUGUAUGUGUUCCUUGCGUUUGGUGAGAGCAUUAAUGGGCUUCCUUUCAUGCGCAAAGUGGUUGUUGUCGACGACGACAAGGAUCUUGCGAUAAUCUCAGAUAGGCAUAAGUCGAUUGGGAAGGCUAUUCGAAAUGUGUAUCCGUUAGCUUCUCGGGGAAUUUGCACGUACCAUUUAUAUAAGAACAUUUUGGGACGGUACAAAGGAAAAGAUGUAUUUCGUCUGGUGAAGAAAGCGGCAAGAUGUUUUAGGAUGCCUGACUUUACUGCAAUUUACGAGGAGAUUGAAGCGAUUAAUCCUGAACUUCACGGCUACCUCGAAAGAGCAGAUCCCCGAUUGUGGGCGCGUGUUCAUUUUCCGGGCGAAAGAUGGUUUGCUGAACGGAGAGAUGCUACUGCAUCGCAGCCAACUACGCUUACACGUUGUGUAGAGAAACUACUACAGGGUCGUGUUACUACCGCGAGACUGUUGACGGUACAAAGGAUCGAUGCUAAUCACACUGAAGUUACAUAUGGUGAGUCUUUGCAUGUUGUUAACUUGGAAGGGAGAAAGUGCACAUGCAGGCGUUUCGAACGGGAGAGAAUUUCAUGUUCGCAUGCAAUCGCAGCUGCGGAGUCCAGGAAUGUUUCUCGUAUAUCCCUGUGCAGUCCUUACUAUACCAACGCUUAUUUGGUGAGCGCAUACGCUCAAUCAAUCAUGCUGGGGUAUUCAGCGCAACCAGUUCCAGAUAACGUGGUUAACCUCCCAUGCUUUCCCCCGUCUAUUCGUCGUCAGCCAGGAAGGCCUAAAAAAAAUAGAAUGAAAUCUGCUUUAGAGGUUGCACUUGAAAAAAAAUGUCCUAGGAAAGAACACACAUGUUCUCGUUGUAGACAGAGUGGUCAUAAUGUAAAAACUUGUCCGAUUUAA